CAGCACGGCAGAAAGAGCGAAGGAAUCGUUUCGUCGCGGUUUCGAUUAGUGUUCUUGACGGUGCACUCGGUUUGCAUUGUUCGAUUGAUGUUUCGGUUACAGCGUACCACCUGACGCUGGAAGGCGUGUGUUUCUUUCGUUUGUUAUUGUAAUUGUUAUUGCUUCACGGGCAAGGAAGACAAAACCGGAAAAGGAAUUACGAUAGGAAGAAAAGUUACUGCGUCGCACUUAACCGCCAAACACCAAACGGCACGGUGGAGGCCAAACGCACAUCCUGCUAGGGAACAGUGUGUGCUGAAAAGGGCACACACGGGCGUACCACACGUCUGUAUGUGUCUCUAGUUGAGCGUAUGUUCAUGCGCUCGGUGAGUGUAUGUGUGUGUGUGCAGUGUAGUGUAAUUUAGUGUGAGAUCUUCAUACAGCGCGCACACACAGGGGCCCGGUAGUAUUUGUUUACAUGUGCUUUUUGCUGCCCCUCUGUGUCGGCAGCAGCUUCAUCGAUCCGUUCUAUUUCAUCGUUUUCCGUCGCCGCCACCGCCGAUUCCAACCAAAUUGGAUGGGAAAGCAAUCGUAGCGCCAAACCAAACGAGUGGCUUACAGAGAGAGCGCGCGCUGUGUUGGUAGCGUAUCAGUAGAGCCAGCAGCACCCAAAUAUUCGUCGCAGUGUUGCCGCAGUUGUGCCCGUGGUCCGGCCGUAGUGACGCCGCACAUCUUUGUCUCGCGGGCGAGUGUUGGCCGACGAUGGCGAUGAUGGUGAUGGUGAUGCUGGUGUGCAAUAAUCGUAGUAGCAGCACCCGUAGCCGUAGCAACAACAACACCAGCAACAACGACGUACAACGCGGCAGCAAGCUGUUAGUGUCGUGAUAGUGGUGGAAUUGAUUUCUCGUGCAAGUGUGUGCGCUGCUGUUGCUGCUUGGGCAGGAGUGUUUCAGUUCCGUCUGUCCACCGUUUAAACCGCCAACCCCUCACGCAACUUAGUGCGGAAAAGCGUAAAAGCAGUGAAAAAGAGCUAAAGGAAAAGUGAAGCGAAGAAAGGUGGUAAAGGAAAAGAAAAAAAGCAAAGGAAGAAAAGUCCCGCAGUGUGCGCUUGGAGCCACCUCGCGUAUCUCGCCAUAUCACGUGUGUGUAUGUGCGCAUUGUUGGUGGUGUGCGCGAGUGUGUGUGUGUGUGCAGAAGUGUAUGGUUUUGUGCUAGUUGUAUGUGCCCCGAUGGGCUUUUAGUGUACCAUACUGAUUCGCGUGUUGAUGCGGAUCGUGUGCUAAGCGUAUUGUUGUUUACGCGACAACGAUCGCGGUCCCCCCCAGAUGCGGAAGUGUGCGUGCGCCAGUGAAAGGGCCACCGCGUGGUGGUGUGUGCGAUCGAUUCACUCCCUGGCCACGGUGCAGUGACGGGAAUACGGGGAAAAGAAAGGAAAACUUUGUUUUUUUCUUUUCGUUUGGUAUAACGCCCCCACCGUCAGCAUUCCUUGCGCGUCCUUUGUGUCCGUAUCGCCUGUGCUCUAAUACCUCGGGGUGUUAAAUGUGUGUGAGUGUGUGUUUGUGCGUUAAAAAUGUAUGUAUGCCACAAUAAUGAUGGCGGUUUGCGAAUGUGAUGAUUGAUAAGAAUGUUGUGCGACCGUCCGCAUCGUCAUCGUCAGCGCCACCAUCAGCGCGGCAUUAUCAUUCCCGUCAGCAGCGGCGCGUCGUGUGUGGUAGUGUGCUGCGGUGCAAAAGUCAUCCAAUUUACCAAAUCCCUCUGCGUCUCGACGGCGGCUUAGUGGCACUAUUGAGUGUGUGCGCGCGCGUGUGUGUGUGCGUGUGUGCUGGGGAAGGGAGCCGAGGAGAACGGCCUCUUUGUGUAUCCGUGGGCGGGUGUAUAUGAUUAAGGUGAACCGCUGAUUCGCACACAACACCAGCAGCAGCAGCAGCAACUCGACGGAUCACGGAAACACACGGGUGUACCGAAAGGUACAUCGAAUAUACUCACACAGUAGCAGCGGCGGCAGCAGCAGCAGCCUCCAGGCAACGAUCAACACCGGCAGCAGGAAGUGCUAAACCAUUUCCUCCCCAAAACCCGGAACCGAAUCGCGCAUUUCGUCCGGUACCCCGUGUGUUGGUGGUGCUCUGGUACUGUUUUGCUGGAGACGCUACCUUUCGAAAACGGCCGCACUCUACAGCGUUAGGAUAGCAACAAAAUUAGAAUGGAAAAAGCAAAGGCAUACAUCAAAAACGAAUUACGUGGGGGCUCCCUAGCGCAACCGGAGCCCCCGCCACCACCGUCGCACCAUCAACACCACCACCAGCAACAUCAGCAGCAACUGCCUCAACAGCACCACCAGCCGGUUCCAAACUCCUCAUCCGCCCAUCCGUAUCAUCCGCACCAGCAUCAUCUGCACCAUGGGCCAUCGGCACCGUCGCAUCCGGCACAUCUGUUGCCGGUAGUGUCACAGCACAGCACGCCCGUGUCAGCUGCCGCCUACCACCCACACCACCCCUCGGUGGGUUCCCGGUCGCCCUCGGUCGUCUCGAUGGAUGAUCCGGCCAACAUUUGUUACGUGUGCGGUGCGCAGGGCGCUCAGGACAAAUACUACCUGCGGGUACGUCAAAACCCGGACAACCCGAACGAGCCACACUUUCCGCUGCUAGAAUCGCACACACCACCCACGGGCGUGCCCGCUUGGACACCGGCCAAGGUGGGAGUUAGGUCGUGCUACCUGUGCUUCACGACCUUUGCCCAGCAGUGGGAUUACCACGAACGCGAGGGCAAACCACUCUCCCAGCGGUUGUACUGGUUAAAGCGCACGGAUGACAAAAACUACAUCGGUGCCGAGAUGAACAGCCAGGGCGAGUAUGCGGCGCAGGUGUUGGGAUUGAGUGCGGAUCAUCUGGGUGGUGGUCCACCUCCACCGGGUGGCUACGGAGGUGGUUUACCACCGCAAUCUACCGGUGGUCGGGGGGUGUCGGAGAGUCCACGUUCCGCACAGCCAUCCGGGGUACUCUCGGGUCCCUACACGCUACCGACGCAGCCGCGCAACGAAAGUCCCCUGCGCGGGGUACCGCCACAGAGGAAUGAGUCACCCCACUCGAAGGGCGAAGGAGGAGGCAGUAACACUGCCACCGCACCACCGUAUCAUCCCGCGAAGCGGUUCCUCGAAAAUCAUCUCGCAAGUCAGCAAGCCGGAACAAAUGCGAACAUCACCGUCCAGUCGCAACAGGCACCGACCUCGCGUCCCUCGAGCCGGAACGAGAAGUCAACCACACCGCGCCCAAGCACGCACGACAGUCCGUCACCGGUGCCGUCGCCUGCCGGUGCGAACUUGCGCCUCGACGGGCGGAAGAUGUCGUCCUUUGCGCAUCACAAGCUCAAGAUGGUGAACUACAAUAAUGCGGGAUCGGAACCACACCACAGGAACCAUCAGCAUCUCGGUACGGCUGGUCCACCGUCCUCGUCGUCCGCCUCCUCCCAUUCGACCCAGCAGCAGCAACAACAACAGCAGCAGCAGCACCAUCUCCGGCUAGAGGAAGAAGGUGCGCUAGAUCUGCGGAACUCGGCAACGGGGAGUGUUGGUGGCGGGGCCGGCGUUAGUGCGUCCUCGGUGGGUGGUUUGCUGCCAAUGGGGCUGGCUGACGAGAACAGUUUGCGUGGAAGCGGUAGCAAUAGCAAUGGUAGUACCGGCAGCACCGGCACAGACAUUCUCGAUCUCUCGAUGCCGGACAAAAACUCAAUGACGGAGGUGUGCUAUGUGUGCGGCGAUGAACAAAGACGAGGUAGUUUGAUGGAAAUCGCGACCGUCAAACCGAAGGAUGUGAAGGACCAGGAAAAGCCCUAUUUUCCGAUAUUCGACGAAACGCAUGCUAGACCGGCCCGAUCACGUCCAAAAGAUCCAAAAGGCCUGGUGCAGGCAUGCAAGGCAUGUCACCAGUAUCUGCUCAAUCAGUGGCAAUCGUUCAACAUUCGUUCAAUACCCGAGGCUCAACGGAAGUAUCAGAUCCGAAAACGCCAAAACACUCAGGAACGGUCGGCCACGUUCGUGUGCUACACUUGCGGUACCGACACGCCGUCCUCGCAACUACGCUUAGUGUACUGCUGCCCGAACGCGGAACGGGAACCGUACUUUCCGUUCAUCAAGUCCCUGAAAGCACCGACCAAUGCUAGUCCAAUAAGUCCACAGGGGAUGGUGCAAAUAUGUUCCACGUGCAAUAAGAAAAACGCCCACCGAGCGGAGGGCGGCACUGUUAGCAAUGUGGACGAACGUUAUCCGUCUCCGACGAAAAUGACGUCUAGUGUGAUAAAUGAGGUUGUACGAUAUAAGCCUUAUGAAUUUGCCUCCGCUCUGUCUGGGGGACCGCUGCGGGACCAGAAGGGCAGUCGAAGAGAUUCAAGACCAAAUACACCACCUCACCUUCAAGGGCCAGUGGAAAACGGCCACGGUCAUCAAUGUACCAUUUGUAAGAAUACGUUCCCCACCACAUCGAUGGAAUAUCUGUCCACUAGUGCCGAGCACAUGAACUCGCACGCGAUGCACUUUCCCUGUCUCAAGGGGAGCAACGAUCAGAGCCGUGUGUUGGCGUGCAAAAACUGCGUCGAUAAGCUAACGAUUCAGUGGGAAACGAUGGAUGCCCAGCGUGUACCGCUCGAACACCGGAAAUACAUUAUCCCUUCGCCAACGCCAAAUUCGGCUUCUAUAUCGCCAGGCGGUGGAAGUCUUGUACGGCCACAGUCUAGCGUCGGCGGUACGCCACCGUCCACACCGGCUUCCACCGUUCCGAGUACCUCAGUGUACUGUUUCAUCUGUGGGUUACAUUCGGAGCUGAGCUUCGCCCGGUUGCUGUAUGCCAACAAGGAGGGUUCUCGGCCUUACUUUCCGUUCCUGUUAAAGCACAAGUCGCCGCACAAUGCCGAGCAGUUGCGCGGUGAUAGUUCGGCACUGGUCUGUACAUUCUGUUAUCACUCGCUACUGAACCAAUGGCGAAAAUACGAGGCGCAAAGUAAUAUUCCUCCACCAAGUGAGCGUGAGUACAACUUUCACGAUUACUGUUGCCAUCUUUGCGGCAUAACGACGUACCGGAAACGCGUUCGGGCGCUUCCGAUUCGGGAGUACCCGUUCGUAGCUAACCGAAAGUGUGAUGGCAUACUGCUGGAGAACGGUGAUUACGCAGUGGUAUGCCUCGACUGUUAUGAAAGUUUAAGGCAACAAUCGGCCGAGUACGAUCGGUUCGGAGUGGCAAUUGAAAAACGAGAAUACAAUUGGGUUGCUCAACCACCACCACCUGAGGACAGCCCGGAAGUGUCAGUGGCACGUCUACCGAGCGGGGAGCGGUCUGAUAAGGCGAUCAAGAAUUCUCAAGGAGGACUACGUUCGGCACCAAACAAGAAAAAUUGUUCGCCGAAGGUCACAAACGACAAACGGGAUGCAUUACAAUCGAAACUAGCACAGAAGCGUCCCGUCACCAGCCCGGCACCGCCCGUUCUUCCCUCCACCCAGCAGCUGCUACACCAUCCUUCUUCCUCGCCACACACGAAUCACCUGCUCGGUGGCCCGAACCAUCUUCCGCCGGGCGCAUCGCCCGGACUGGUGCCACCGCCACCACAGCAGACCCCGCACGGUGUACCGUCGGUGGCGCACGGUGGAACGGGCGCUAUACACGCAUCGCCCAACGCCCAAAACCCUUCAUCCGGUGGGCGCAGCAGUAGUGGUGGUGGUGGUGCUGGGGCAGGCGGCGGUGGUGGAGGUAGCGCAGGAUCGUUCGCAGCCGCACUGCGCAAUCUCGCCAAGCAGGCGGACGUGAAGGAAGAGGAACCGGGGUCCGGUGCAGCUGGCAGUGCACCCGGUGGCGGCAGUUCCAGCGGAGGUCCUGGUCCAGGCGGUGGAGGUGGGGGUGGAGGAGGAGGAGGAGGAGGUGGUGGUAGAGACAGAGAUCAUCGCGAUCGGGAUCGCGAGCGUGGCGGAGACGGCAGUGGGAUGCAGAUGGUGGACGGUCGUGGAAACUCGAUGUCCUCGAUGGUGGUGGAUAGACGGGAAGACUCAAGGGGGAACAUCAUUAGCGACGGAAGGAUACGAAGCGGUGACGGACGGGAUGGGCGGGGCGGAGGUGUUGAUGCGACGAAGAAGCAACAUCAGCAGCAGCAGCGGUCCUCACCACAACCGCCGGAAAAGAUGCCUCGCUUAAACCCGCCAAGCUCGAAUACUAUCCAGUCGGAACUGUUGGCCCGCAGUGGCUUCCAGCCAUACAGACCGGACGAUCGGCUCGCGCACCCAGCCGGAGCAUUUCCCAUUGAUGCAUAUUCAGCCUUUGGAUCCAUUCCCGGCAUGCCGCCAGCAAAUCUCUUCAAUCCGGCGGCCGCUCUAGCGUACCAUGAUCCAGCCAUCUAUUUGGAUCCACGCUACCAGAUGCUCCGGGCGGGCCAUCACUCAGCGGCGGCCCAUCCGCUCUAUCCGUCCCUUCCCUAUCCGCCCAAUCUGUACGGUAUGCUGCCCGGGAUGGGAAUGCAAUCCAUUCACGAGCGCAUGAAGCUCGAGGAGGAACAUCGGGCGGCCCGGUUGCGCGAGGAGGAAAGGGCCCGCGAAGCCCGGGAAGCAGCGAUCGAGCGCGAAAAGGAGCGCGAGCUCCGGGAGCAACGGGAGCGCGAGCAGCGGGAGAAAGAACAACGCGAAAAGGAGCAACGCGAGAAGGAAGAGCGCGAACGGCAGCAGCGCGAAAAGGAGCAGCGUGAGCGAGAACAGCGUGAAAAAGAACGAGAACGUGAGGCCGCUCGGGAGCGGGAACGUGAGCGCGAACGGGAACGGGAGCGCGAGCGCAUGAUGCACAUGAUGCCCCAUUCACUGCCCCGACCGUUCUUCUCGAUACCGGGGCUUCCGCCCGGUCUAUCGGCACCGCUCGGACUUGGAAUGCGGCCCCAGGGUGGUCCACUCGGGUUGCCCUCGCACCAUCCGUUGCAUCCGUCGCUGGGCCUCAGCAUGGGUCUCGGAUUGCCACAAGUGCCACAGCCACCGUCGGCCUCAUCUCUCAAUCUGUCGCAUCCGUCUGCGGGUAUGGUGCCGCAACCGCCGCCACCGGGCAGCGCGCUCGGCCAUCCGUCUAUACCGACCAGUCUGGCAGCGGCAGCCGCCGCCUACAGCCACAGCAUCGCAUCCACGAUGAGCUCUUACCACUCGUCGAUGGCACACAUCGGUGGACUUAAUCUGUCCCACACGGCGGCACUGGCUAACGCCCAGAACCUCAGCCUGGCCGGUCACAUUCCGCCACCGGCGCAUGGUUCGAUGAACCUUUCCGCCGGUGGAUCGCCGGUAGCGGUCGUAUCCUCCCCGAACAGUGGUCACCAUCUGGCACCGUCUCCGCACCACCUCACGUCACCGCACGGUGCACCGCUCGCGUUAACGUCAAGCAAAUCAUCGACCCAUCCAUCACCGCAUCCGGCCACCAGAGCUUCCCCAUCGUCACCGGUUGUGGCGACCAGCAGCAGCAGUAGUACGGCGGCCCCGAACAGUGCGGCGGCUCCCCAUCCGUACUACACUGCUGCCGCGAUGGCUGCUGCAGCGGCCUCUCCACUAUCGCUCAGCAGCAAACCGCCCCACCCACAUCCGGGGCUUUCGUCCCAUUCGCCGGUGGGUGGAGGUGGCAGCCACCAUCUGCACCAUCUCCAUCAUCAUCCGGCGGCGCCUCCGCCCGGAACGCAUCCGGGUGCACAAACGCAACCUCCGCUCUCGCAGCACCCGCAGGGAGCGAGUGGACGUAGCAGUGCGGUCAUAACGCCACCAACGACACACCAUCAGGCUGUGGCGGCGGCCCAUCAUCAUCAUCUUCAUCACCUUCAUGCGGCCGCUGCCGCAUCCCAAGAACGCGCAUCAUCUCAACAGCAACAUCGCGGAUCCGCUCCGCAUCGAGUGGAACAGCCGACUACCAAUGCGCCGCCUUCGUCGGCGCCGUCAUCCGUCUCCGGUCCGCUCGGUCCUCCAGUGUCUGCAGCAACCAUGGAACACAGUGUAAAUAGUACAAACGUCACUAGUAUUAACAAUACCAACAGUGCGACCGUUGGGCCGACGGGCAAUGGUGAUACACCGUCGGUUGGCAAAUCGCGCUCUCCGACGGGUGCCACUGUAGUUGCCGAUUCCCACAACAGUACGAACGUGAUUAAAUCUACCGCUAGCAGUGAGGCAGAGUCGGGUGGUGGUGUGAUUAAGCGUUCCGGUUCCUCUUCACCGGGGACAAGAGAGAGCCCUGGAACACGGGCCGGAACACCCGGUGGGGAAGCGCACGAAACGAACGGUGGGGGUAGCAAUACGAAGACCGAAUCACGUCCAGUGUCACGCAGUGCCACAGACGACGCGUCCAAGGAUAGCAUUGCGGUGAAGGAAGACAGACAAUCGUCGGCUCCCAUUGGUGUAGGCACUCCUCCUGGGGAUGCGAAGGAUGACACGAAGGAACCACUGUCGAACAAUAACGGAUCAAGCGAUAAUGGAACGGUUGAUAAACAUCGACAGCAACAGUCCUCACCGCCUGGGGCUACGAUAGCAAUUAACAGCAACGGUAGUACUGGUGGACCACAAAACACAUCUGUCGGUUCACCGGAUGGGGCAGCGACUAAAGGUGGCAGUCCAGCAGAGAUAAUCGGCACAGCAACUACACACGAAAGACGCUCACCAUCGACCCCGAACAACAACACUCCAGCAGCCACGGCUGCGUCAACAACCGCCACCACAACACCCACAGGGACACUUGCCGGAACCACCGCGCCAGUGUCGACGACAGGUAAUAGCAAAGGACUUGUCGACACGGCACCACCACAACAGGAAGAUCGUCACGCAAAAGACCAGCAAGUGGUAAUACCAUCAUCUCCCACGUCAAAGCGCGAUCGACGUACUUCGUCCGGUGCACCACAUCCGGAACUAGCACCGGAUGCACCGACAGAAAAGGUCGAUGGUGGUGGGACGGAAAAUGGAAAGAAAGCGUCACUGGUAAACAGUGGUGAGCGCGGUGAAGCGACACCUGCCGUCGUGGUAGAGGGUGCUUUAAACAAUGGCGCACGCGGUGGAGACAGUAGGUGAGGGAUAAGGGUACAGGAUUAGAAAUAAUAGCGAUCAACAAUCGGAAGGGAAACUUUUGUUCUUCUUUACGAUGUAGAUUCGUACUGUACUAAA